AUGAAGCUUUUGUGCCUAAUGAUUUUGCAGAAGAUGGUUCUCAUCCUGUGUGUGUCUCCGGAUCUAUCUCGAGAUGAAGGAGAGUUCGACAAGGCUCUUUUGAAGUUCUAUCUCAAUCAAAAAGUAAAAUGCUUAAAGAGGAAACUAUCAUCUGCUUCUAGGAGGAAUGUGAGGCAGAAACAAUCUACUUAUUUCCCCACUUGUUCCACUUUCACUAGAUAUUCUGGGAAGUUCUUCUCUGGUGUUGUUGCUGGAAUGUGUCCUAGGUAUCAGAAUGUCAUCCAGACAUAUGGCAUGGGCUAUCUCUUAAACUUUGUUAGGACCGAGGUCCCCCUUAGGCUAGUGAAGUGGCUUGCUAGUAGGUUUGAUGUCCCUUCAUCUGAAUUCCAGUUCGAAAGGAAAUUUAUCCCAAUGACCAAGUAUGAUAUCCACAAUAUCCUUGACCUCCCAGUAGAUGGUGAGCCACUUGUGUCUGAUCCUGAGUCUGGACGUGAUUUUAUCCUGUCUCACUUCAAUGUUUCUAGUAUUCCUCCUGUCUCUUUCUUCGCCAACAAGCUUAAAUCCACCGAAGUCGAGUUGUCUGAUGAAGACAUUUUCAUUUGCUUCAUGAUUGUUGCGUUGUCCUCAUUCCUUUGUCCCAACUCUAGCCUCAGUCCUAGCCCGAAGUACCUGCAUAUUUUCAGGGAUUGUUCUUCUCUGUGCAACUAUGAUUUGUCCGGAUAUGUUUAUGAGUGGUUGUUGAGCAGCAUCAAAAAGUUCAAGAAUUCCACUAAAGUUGCUUCUAAAAGAUCAGUGACGUUUGGUGGUUGUCACUAUGCUUUUGUUGUUUGUUACCUUGACCAACUUAAUUUCGGUCUCCAUUCUGUCCCUGAUGUCAAGCCCUGGAUUCUAGCAUGGAGAGGUAACAAAGUUAAGCAAUUUUCAGAGCUUGACAGAAACAAUAGCCGCUCUUAUGGCAAGAGGCCUCUAAAGCGGUUGUUUGCUCCAGUUAAUCCGCAGAAGUCUAUCGAGAAAUCUUCAGCAAGCAAAGAUGGUGAUGUUCCCCUUUGUAGUGACAUGCUUUUUGAAAUGAAUGUGCAGAAAUCCUUCGGUGCUCGUUUUGGGUUUGAGGCUGCUCAAGUAGUCAUAAACCUUGUUCAAUCUAGGAACAAAGACAAGCCCAAGCUAUUUGUAGAAUGGUCACAGUCCCUUGUAAUUGACGUUCUAGAAUGCUUAUCACUCUCUACUCUAAAUGCCAAAUCUGUCCCGAUACCUAAAGUUUAUUCAAGUGAGGGUCAUUCUCUCAACAAGUUCUCUUUUGGCGCCAAGUCUGUCUCUAUUCAAUCUUUCAUUGGUGAGAGGAAGUGUGAGACUGUUGUUGAGAAAUCAUCUCCUGAAGUCCAGCAGCAAAUCCCCAAUUUGAAUGAAGCUUCUCCUUUUGUUUCUGGUGUUGUUAGUGUUGGGGGUUUUCACAACCCAGUAGUUUUAUCUAGUUCAUCUCGAGCUCCUAAAGUGUGUGAUGAGGGCGUGGUAAAUGAGGCAAAUGUUGAAGCUGCAAUUCCAGUGGCGGAUUUAUCUUCUAUAAAAAGUCCUUCUCAUUCUAUAGGUAUAUCCCCUUCAACGACGCGGUGUGCAAUUCCUGUUGUUGGUUCUACUUUGGAGCCCUCAGCUGGUCUUAUUAAGAAAUGCGAACCCAAGUCCGAUGAUAAUGGUUUCCAAAGACCCACUUUUGCUCAGUUAAAUCGCACUCUUAGUGUUCAAUCUAAUGGCGAUGUUACCAAUGGUGAGCCCAAUGAUAAAGAGGUCGAUAAUUCUUUUGGAGAACCGUCCCCUCUGGUUCCUAUUCGCUUGUCGCAGCGUUUCCAUAAUGCGCUAGGUGAUGUUGAGUGCUCUCAGUAUGUUGUUGAAAGAUUUAUGAAUUCGCUGGAUCCCCGAAAUUAUGAGGAUUGCGUUGAAAUGGCCGCUUUGCCUAAUUUUAAAGUUUCCAAGUCAACUCACUGCUCAAGCCACCCUACUAAUGAGGUUAAAGAGCUACAAGACGACAUUCAAAUUGUAGGCACUUCUAGUUUUGCUGCUAGGUGUCAACAGCUCUCAAGAUCUAAUGAUGUUGCUUACAACAAGCUCAAGAACUUUACAGCACCUCAAUCAACUAGUUGUAAUCCUAGGAAGCAACAAGCUAUUUCUAGCCCAGAAGUAGAGAUCUUGUCAUCCGGGAGUGCCCCUAGACCUCCUUCAGCUGCUCCUGUUCCUAAAGCUCAUGCACAAUCUUCCAUUGUUCUUAGUGGUUCAUCUCACGGUCAUGUACCUCGGAGGAUGAUUGUUCCUGGCAGAUAUACCUCAGAUCCAUAUGUUGCUCAGGGUAAUAAGUUUCCUGUUGCUAAUCAAGAAAGGCGUCACCACCUUGCAAUGGUGGAAAUAGGAACGCAUGAAACUUGGUGCAAGUUUGAAGCAAUUCGAUAUGACCGAGCUUACUGUAGCUACCGAAAUCUUGCAACUUUGAAGUCCAAAGAAGAUGUGGAUAAUUUCUUGAUUCUGUGUGUCUGUCGUUAUCUUUUCAAACAAUCUCAUCCAUCAGCUUCAAAGAAGCACUUCUUUUUCUCUUACAUUGGGGAAACCAUUUUGAGUGGUGUUAAUAUUGAGAUUGUAGCUAAUGCAUUUCAUGGUGCAAAUAGUGCUUUUGCAAUGUGGAGAAGUAAUCUGCUUUUUUUCCUAUUGCUCGGGAUCAGCACUGGUUUACUUUCGUUGUUUGCUUGA